AUGGAGGAAAGUGGGAAUGAGGAGGAUGGAGGGAUUGGAGGGGAAGUGGGGGAAACGGCUUCUGAGUUUCCUCUAAGGAAUGGUGAGGCUGACGACGAGGACAAGGAGGCUGAGCAAGUGGAAGAGGAGAGGGAUGGAUUGGGAGCAGAGGAGGGGAAUGGGUUGGGAGCAGAGGAGGGGGUUGAGAAGAGUAAAGUGGAGCGUUGUGGAGAUCUGCAAAGCUCACCUGAAGCAGAGAUGAGGCAAGGAGGGGAGGCUGUGGAGGAAGCAGGUGGUGAUAUGGGGAGAGGUGCUGGGGCAGGUGGUGAGAGGGGGGGGUGUGCUGGGAUUGGGACAGGUGGUGAAGUGCGAGGGGGGGGUGUGUGUGGGAUUGGGACAGGUGGUGAAGUGAGAGGGGGGGGUGUGGUGGGAUUGGGACAGAAGGGGGGGUUGGUGAAAGAGGGGUUGGUGAAAGAGGGGUUGGUGAAAGAGGGGUUGGUGAAAGAGGGGUUGGUGAAAGAGGGGUUGGUGAAAGAGGGGUUGGUGAAAGAGGGGUUGGUGAAAGAGGGGUUGGUGAAAGAGGGGUUGGUGAAAGAGGGGUUGGUGAAAGAGGGGUUGGUGAAAGAGGGGUUGGUGAAAGAGGGGUUGGUGAAAGAGGGGUUGGUGAAAGAGGGGUUGGUGAAAGAGGGGUUGGUGAAAGAGGGGUUGGUGAAAGAGGGGUUGGUGAAAGAGGGGUUGGUGAAAGAGGGGUUGGUGAAAGAGGGGUUGGUGAAAGAGGGGUUGGUGAAAGAGGGGUUGGUGAAAGAGGGGUUGGUGAAAGGGGUUGGUGAAAGAGGGGUUGGUGAAAGAGGGGUUGGUGGAGGAGGGUUUGGAGCAGAGAAGCAGCAAGGAGAAGGCAUCUGUUCAUAUGUGCAGAAGAGACGUUUAGAGUAA